AUGUCUUCCACCGGUCGCUCCCCUACCCGUGGUCCUGCCAAUCCCGGCAGUCCUGGCAGAUCUCGCUCGGGGUCUCAGUCCUCCCAGAAGCCCAAACAUGGCUUUGGGCCUUCCAUGGGCUUCGACCCGGCGAAGCCCGAGGGCGGUCCCAGCAAGGAUCACAUCAACUCGCGCAUCGACCCUCCUCCCGAGUCGUAUCUUAAUGCCGGCGAGACUCCCUUCAUUCGGAGACCCGGUUUCAAUACGGCUGGUAAGCAAGUCAACUUGGAGGUCAACCAGUUCCGCGUGAAACAGUGGAACGACAAGAUGACCAUUUACCAAUACGAUGUGUCCAUUUCUCCUGUGCCCUUGAAGUACAACGUCGUCUUCAAGAAGGUCUGGGACUCUCCACCUGUUCAGGCCAUGCUGAAGAAGUACAAGACCCUCUGGUUACAGGACGGACGCAAGCUGGCUUGGUCCUCGGUACCCAUCAAUCGUGGCGAAGAACGCUUGAAAGUGGACCUUGAUGAGGGCAAGCCAGUCCGUCCAAAUGCCAAGCCGCGUGAUAACUCCUUCUUCUUCGUGAUGAAGGAGACGAAGAAAAUACACCUUGCAGCUCUUGAAGCAUACCUCACUGGCAAAAUGGACUGGGACAACUCUGUUCUCGAGUGCAUGAACUUCCUCGACCAUUUGGUCCGCCAGUACCCCAGUGAGCGCCUUCUAUCGAUUAAGCGCAACUUCUACAACGAGCGCCAGAAGAAAAGCAUGGAUCUAGGCGCUUGCUUAGAGGUCGUCAAGGGUGUCUACUCUUCCGUUCGAAUGAACCAGUCGGUUAUGAAUAAACUUGGUCGUGGACUCGGCUUGAAUGUCGACGUUGCCAAUACGGCAUUCUGGAAGGGAGAUGUUCAGUUGCAUCACUUCGUCAGAGACUUCCUGGGUACUUGCGACCGCAGAUGGCAGGGCAUGGCGCCGAACGACAUCGCCAAUGUCUUGAAGCCAGUUCGCCAGCAAGAUAAGAGCGGCAAGACAGUCUACACCAUGUCGGAUGCCUUCAAGCAUCUUCGAAAGCUAGCAAAGCUUCGUUUUUGCCCCAAGCACCGCGGCAAGGAGAACUGGGACAAGGUUUACACCAUCAAGGGGUUUGCAUUCAACCCAAGUUAUGGCGAGAGGGGUGCUACUACUGACAGCAUCGUCUUUACCAACAACGGCGAGGAGAUGAAUAUCACGCAGUACUUCAACAAGACCUACGGCUACAAGGUUCAAUACCAUGACUGGCCUGUUGUCGAGACUGCGAAAGCCGGCUUCUUUCCCAUGGAGGUCUGUGUAAUUGCUGCAAUGCAGCGAUACAACUACAAGCUCGACCCUGACCAGACCUCGGCCAUGAUCAAGGCUGCUGUCACACGUCCGAACCAGCGCAAGGGCGACAUCAUCGACGCGAAGAACCAGCUUGCGUGGAAGGAGGAUCCCUAUCUCCGCCAAUACGGUGUUGUCUUCGAAGAUCAGAUGGCCAAGACCACUGGCAGCCUCCUUGAGCCUCCCAAGAUCCAAUACGCCAAUAAUGUGAUCAGCCCGAUGUUCUCUGGUCGCUGGGAUCUGCGAGGCAAGAAGUUCUGGGUGCCUAACCGUGCUCCCCUCCAGUCUUGGGGUAUUCUGAUUCUCGAGAAUGCAACUAACAGGGCCAGCGCCCAGGCCUUUGCGCAGACGUUCAGGCAGACCUACACUGGGCACGGAGGCAAAAUUACCAAGGACGCCAUCGUCAUUGACAGUGAGGCCCGGAAUAGCAACGUCGCCGACGCAGUUGCUAAGGCGUAUGCCCAAAUCAAGGCCCAGAACAAGGCCGUACCGCAGCUUCUGUUCUGUAUCUUGCGGUUUAGUAACGUUGGCUCUUAUGAGCGCAUCAAGAAGUCCGGCGAUUGCCGCUUCGGCUUGCUCACCCAGUGCGUUCUUGCCCGGCACGUUGACAAGAACCAGGCCCAGUAUCAUUCCAACGUGGCCAUGAAAGUCAACGCAAAGCUGGGGGGUAUUACCUGCCGCAUUCCUCACCCGUCUGGUCCUUCUAACAAGGCCCCUGCCUUCUUCAAGGAAGUCACCAUGAUUAUUGGUGUCGACGUCUCCCACGCUACCCCCGGAAUCGACGCUCCCUCGAUGGCGGCGAUGACCAUGUCGAUGGAUCAGGAUGCUACCUUCUACUCUGCUGCCGUCGAGACCAACGGCUACCGCGUUGAAAUGCUCUCUCCAGUGAGCGCCCGCACCUUCCUCGGUCGUCUCAUGCCCACCUGGCACAAGCGGAUGAACUACCCAGCGCCGCCUCCCCACAUCGUCUACUUCCGUGACGGUGUCAGCGAGGGUCAGUACUCACACGUGUUGGAAUACGAAGUCGGAACGAUGAAGAGUAUCAUCAAGAGUAUAUACCCCAACGCCACGCAGCCCAAGUGGACGGUCAUUGUGGCUACCAAGCGUCAUCACAUUCGCUUCUUCCCGCAGCAAGGUACAGGUGACAAGAACGGAAACCCCCUUCCGGGAACUCUCCUCGAGAAGGAAGUCUGCCACCCCUUCUGGUGGGACUUCUACCUCUGCUCGCACGUGGCUAUCCAGGGCACUGCCCGUCCCGUGCACUACACCAUUCUGAUGGACGAGGCCAAGAUGGGUGCAAACGAUCUUCAGCGGAUGAUCUAUGGUCAAUGUUACCAAUACGCUCGCUCGACGACCCCCGUAUCACUUCACCCGGCAAUUUACUAUGCCGAUCUUGCCUGUGGCCGGGCUCGUGCACACGAGAACAUUGCCACGUCCCAGGGCUUCCGCUCCGGCCCCAAGGCGGCGGAGAUGGUUGACGAAUACGGCGCUCGCGGCCAGAGCAUGUUCGAGGGCGAGCGUCCCACCGAGUCCCUUUCCCUGCUGCCUCUGGGUGGCAAGGGCCCUGACGCUGACCCUCAGGCAUCUGAGAUGUUCAAAGGCACCAUGUGGUACAUCUGA